CAUUUGGGAACUCGGGCACUGCCCGAGGGCCCGGGGUCAGUAGGGGGGCCCCAUGAGAUGCCCCUGGUACCUUUCAUAGGCUUUUUCGGGUGUGGUUUGAGUGUGGGCGAAGACACAGGGGCCCCAUGUUCCCUUAUUGCCCAGGGGCCCCAUGAGUUGUCAGUCCACCCCUGCUGUAUACUGUAUGUAGCCGAAGCUACCGUACAUAUAGUACCGACAUAAUGUGGUAUUUUCCUGAUUCACACUAUUCUUAUGAAUGAAAAACAUCUGACCUGGGGAGCAAAUAGCCUAGUAACAUUUGAUUUUGCCUGU